CACCUCAUUUAGUUCAGAAGCCCGUGACUGCAGGUAAGGACCACUUGUGGUAUACUGAUCUCUCUCCAGCCCCGCAUCCAGAAGGAAUACCCUACCCAAGGCAUCAUGGCAACCACCAGUCGCAUCCUGCUGCUCAGCAUCCUGGGACUUGCUUUGCUCUCCUCAGUGAUCUGCAACAAUACGAGCGGUCCCGACGACUGCUGCUUCGUCAUCUACCCGAGGAGAGUCAACAAAAACCUCAUCAGCUCCUAUUACAUGACCGAUCACCGCUGCCCCAAGACCGGGGCCAUUCUGGUUACUAAAAAGUCUCGUCACAUCUGCGUGGAUCCCAAUCUCUCCUGGGUCGUGGGCAUUAUGAAAAGUUUGGACGAAAGCAACUUUUAAAGCAGCUGCCCGCUCCGCUCCUGCUUUUUUAAAGUCGCCGCGGCUUUUUGUUGCUUUAUCAAAUCGCAGACUGUGAAAUGUGAAAUUGAUGUGAACAUCUGUUGUGAGUAAUUCAGGAUUUUGCCUCCAAAUGGAGUCAUUUCCAGCCUCCAUUGACCUACUUAUCCUGUGUUUCUGUAAUUUCUUUUAGAUGCUUUUUAAAACUCACAAUAUCAAACAGUAUGAACUUCAUACAAAUAAAGUGUGUACGCUUUG